GCGCCGGGUGGCGAGGCUCCAGGGCGGCCGCCAGGAGCAGGUGGGGGCGGCGACUCCGCCUCCGCGUCCCGGCAGCGCCUAAGCCCGGCUGGGAGCGAGCGAGCGAGGAGCGCAGAGCCCGGCUCAGCCAGGCGCGCAGAAGCAACGCCAGGCACUGUCCGCAGACCAACCAGGAUCCUCGAGGCGACGGAGACGACAGAGACGACGGGGACGGAGGGGGACGGCAGCGCCAGCUAAAGUCUAGUCAGCCGGGGUACGGCCAGCUGCAGACCAGAAACUGCUCUCUUGGGACCAUUCAUAAGCAAGAGACACCAACACUGUGACUAAUGCCGGUGCCACCGCCUCCACCACCACCACCUCCACCACCUCCUCUGCCUCCACCCCCUCCACCACUGGGGGCUCCUCCCCCUCCACCGCCACCAGGGCCCCCGAUCAGCACAGACGCCCCCAGCUUAAGGAAGACAGAUCUGAAGGGCCGGAGCGCACUGUUGGCUGACAUCCAGCAAGGAACACGGCUGCGAAAAGUCACCCAGAUCAAUGACCGCAGUGCCCCACAAAUCGAGAGUUCAAAAGGAUCCAGCAAAGAGGGAGGAGCUGCAGGCAGCAACACCCGGGGAGGAACCACGCCUCCUGCCCUGGGAGAUCUCUUUGCUGGUGGCUUUCCUGUGCUGAGACCGGCAGGUCAGAGAGAUGUGUCAGGUGGCAAGACCGGGCAGGGCCCUGGCUCCCGAGCACCUUCACCCCGGCUGCCCACCAAAGCCAUCAGCGGCCCCCUUCCUGCUCCGGCAUCUCCCAGGCUAGGCAACGCCUCAGAGACGCACAGCUCUGCCAGGCCUGUCCUUCCUCGCCCCAGUGUGCCCGCCCCACCGCCUCCCACUCCACCCCCACCCCCGCCUCCGCCUCCACCUCCGCCCCUCCCCCCAGCCUCCCCCAUCAAAGCACCUUUGGUGUCCCCGCCUGUCCCUCCAACCAAGGGGAAUCCGUCUGUGGUGCCACCCCCAAUACCCUGCGCACCUCCCCUUCCGCACCCUCCCCCGACUCCGCCCCCGCUGCCCCCAGCCUCAGCGCUCAGCGACAAGGCAGUGAGGCCCCAAGUAGCCCCGCUGCACCUGCCACCCUUCCCACCACCACUCCCUCUCCUCCCACCCUGUGGGUUCCCGGGGCUCCACUCAGAGCCCAGCAGCCCUGCACAGGACGUGCGAGAACCUCCAGCUCCUCCACCGCCGCCGCCGCCACCACCUCCCCCACCACCUCCACCUCCACCUCCACCACCUCCGCUCCCCACCUACGCCUCCGGCUCCUCCAGGGCCGCUGCGGCCCCGCCCCCUUUGCCAGGCCCAAACAACAGCGGCAGCGAGACUCCGCCCCCGCUGCCCCCCAAGUCCCCCAGCUUCCAGGCGCAGAAGGCCUUGCCCACACCUCCGGGUGCUCCAGGCCCUGGCCCUCAGGCUAUCCUGCAGAAGAAGCGGCGAGGUCCAGGAACCAGUGGGGGGAAGCUAAACCCACCUCCAGCUCCACCUGCAAGAUCCCCCACCACAGAGCUUUCCAGCAAAAGCCAGCAGCUUGGAGGCCAGCUGCGGAAUGGAAGCCAACACGUGCUAGAUGACUUCGAGUCUAAAUUCACGUUCCACUCCAUGGAAGACUUUCCCCCUCCAGAUGAAUACAAACCUUGUCAGAAGAUUUACCCCAGCAAGGUCCCCAGAAGCCGCACACCUGGUUCCUGGCUCCAAGCUGAGGCAGCUGGGCAGAGCUCUGAUGACAUCAAAGCCAGAAAUUCUCAGUUAUCUCUAAAGGCACUCCGGUGAGAAGAUGGUGAAGCCAAGGUCCUGGGGUUCUGGAUUAGAUGGACACCAGGACAACUCCUCUGGACUCCACUGUACUCAAGCUCUACGCAUUUGACAUACAGGCUCUGGACGGAGCAUUUGUUUAUUGUAAAUAUGAUUUGCACGAACCCUAAAGCACCAUUUUAGUCAACUUUUAUUUGAGUAAUAUUUUAAUAUUUUUAAAAUAUGCAUCCUGGCAUUUGUCUGUCUUGUACAGAUGGCGCCCUAUCCUGCCCGCCCUGUAGUGUCCACUGUGACUAUAAUACAUGCUUGCAGGCUGGUCCUUCUGAAACCUCUUCCAGAGAGAGCAUCCUUAGUUUUCAAGUAGUCCAAAAGUCAUAACUAUCCACAACAGCUUCUUAUUGGCAUAACUCUCACCACACCAACUGCAAAAUCAAACCAAAUAAUGCCUUAUAAACCAUACAGCUCAGAGAAAGCAGUGUGUCCCCAGGUCCUGGUGUUGCCACACAGCUUCCAGUGAGCGAGAUGCCAUGUCUCGCUUCUUUUUAGCAGUACAGGGAUGUCAUUUUGCUGCCUAAUGUAUAUAUGUAUCCCAAUGCAGAGGCUAGAGUGGGCGUGGCCCCUCCUGUGCCUUCGCAGGGCCCCUUUUGUAUCUGAAUUCUUUUACAAGUAGCCAAUUCUCUUACUGUUUACAGCAUCCCUAGUGCCCAGUCUCCACAUCCCUUCAGCCCCUCCAGGUUCCCAGCUCCGUGCUGGUAGUCAGGGUAAUGUCAGCUUUAGGAGAUUUUGAUAUCCUCCCACCCCUGCAGACUACAAAUAUAUAUAUAUAUAGCUCAUGAUUACGAUAAGGUUAUUUUUACCUCAGACAUCUCCCUUCCCAAACUCUACUCAGAGUGUAAGAUUUACGUGGAAAAUACAACAUAUAUAUAAAAACAAAACACACACACACACACAAAGGAAGCUGAAGAAGUAGAUCAACUGGUCACAGACCUGCCCCGUAAGCCUAAGGAGUACACAAAAAGCUGGGUGUCGUCGCACACCCUUGUUAUUCCACUGCUGGGGACGCAGAGGCAGGCAGAUCCUUGUGACUCACUGGCCAGCCAAGCUAAUCAGGGAGCCCCAGGUUCCAGAAAGUGGCACUGUCUCAAAAUACACGGUGGCAACUCCUGAGGCCACAACACCCAACGUUGACCUCUCAGAGGCUCACGCAUUACAUGUGCACACGCAACCCACACACGAACAUAUGCAACCAUAUACAAACUCACAGAGAAGAGCAAAGCAGCUCUUGGAGUCUAUCUCAAAUAUCUGGCCCUGUUGGUAGGAAUCCUAGAACACCCAUCAGCCCAAAGGACAUGCCCUCUGAGCUGAAGAACACAGACAACUCUCUUGCCUGGUGGUUGUGCCUGGGGUGCCCAGCAGAUACAUGCAGUAAGGUCAGCUGCCCUGAAUAGACAGACAGCCACGCCCGGCCAGGGCAGCUCUUCACAGCCUUCUUUGAUUCUCCAAGGAGUGAAGUAUGAUUUUGCUUCUCCCGGCCAUGCAAAGUCAUAAUCAUUAAAAAAGCUUUCAUAACUACGAUGAGGGCCAUCAGGAAGGCAGCCCUGCCAUUGAAGUAGUCUGUUUGCCCAGUGAGUUGUCCACAUACUACGUGAACCAUUCAUGUACACUGUAGAACACCAUGUUCUACGCUACUGGUACAAGAAUUUAAACUAUUCAAGAGUGAGGAGAUGUCUCUGUAGUAGACCUCUGCUGCCCAAGCGUGAGGAGCUGAAUUCAUAUCCCCAGGACCCACAUAAAAGCUGGGCGUGGGGUGCAUGUCUGUAAUCCUUGUUAGAGGGUUGGGAAAAGUUGGGUAGAGGCAGCCGAUCCCAGGAAGGUCAGAGGCCAGCCAACCUAGCAAAAACAAUGAGCUGCAAACUGCAGGUGUAGUGAGAAACUCUAGUAAUAAGAUAGAGAUAGACCAAAAAAGAUACCUGUGGAUGGCAUGUGCACACACACACACACAAACACAUGCACACACAUACACACAUACACAUACACACGUACAUGCACACAUACACAAAACAAAUAUUUUUUACAAAGUUAUUUAAGGACAGAAGGAAGGAACAAGCAGAAACCAAAAAUAGCCAGCCAGGAGCAGUCUCAGGGAUCUGGCCUGGCAGCUCUCCUCAAGACCUGCCGUGGAGCCUACCCCUCCACGUCCGAGUGGGCACAUUCAGUUCCCACCAGCAGAGUGCAGGCUAGGCCCCCGACCGUGAACUCCCACGUGGAGACGCCCCUGCUCUUCUUGCUUAUCCUCACAUUGCAGACUGUGACUCCCCCAAGGUCUCACCUGUAUUUUGUAUUUAUUGGUGUCCCCUGCUGCAGACUCAUUCCUUUGUACCUAAUAAACUUUAAUAAGUGAGAA